CAUGGCGACAAAAAUGGAGGUGGAAGAAACCGGUCCGGCGCCCCCUGACCUAGAACGGCUGUAUGACCUUGACUCGUACUUGAAACCUUUUGACAAGGAGAUCAAAAGAAGGUACAGAUGCUUCCUGGAUGUUCUUGAUCACAUCAACCAGCAUGAGGGAGGUCUGGAGAAGUUCAGCCGUGGGUACCAGUACUUCGGGAUCCAUGUAACGGAGGAUGGAGGGGUGGUGAUGAGGGAGUGGGCACCGGGAGCUGAGGAACUCUACCUCAUGGGCGACUUCAACGGAUGGAACAAAACCUCUCACUCCUUCAAGAAGCUGCCCUUCGGAAAAUGGGAGCUGGUUCUUCCCCCAAAGGCUGAUGGGAGUUGUCCUCUAGACCACCUGUCCAAGUACAAGCUUGUUGUGAAGGACAAAAACGGGCACCUGUUGGAACGGAUCUGCCCCUGGGCCAAGUACGCCAUCCCCUCGGACGAGACAAAAAUCUACGAGGCGACGUUCUGGAACCCUCCCGAGAAGUUUGUGUUCCAACAAACACGACCAAAGCUUCCCAGCAGCCUGAGAAUAUACGAGUCCCACGUGGGGAUAUCCUCUUGGGAGGGGAAGGUGGCAGACUACAAGCACUUUGCGUAUAACGUCAUUCCAAGGAUCAAGAAACAAGGUUACAACUGUAUCCAGAUGAUGGCCAUCAUGGAGCAUGCCUACUACGCCAGCUUUGGGUACCAAGUUACCAGCUUCUUCGCUGCCUCCAGUCGGUACGGUCCUCCGGAUGACCUGAAGCUUCUGAUCGACAUGGCGCACCGUGAGGGGAUAGUUGUUCUGCUGGACGUGGUUCACAGUCACGCCUCCAAGAACGUUCUGGACGGCCUUAACCAAUUUGACGGGACCAACGCCUGUUUCUUCCAUGACGGCAGCCGGGGGAUGCACGACUUGUGGGGCAGCAGAUGCUUCGACUACACCAACUGGGAAGUUCUCCGCUUCUUGCUGUCGAACCUGCGAUGGUGGAUGGAGGAGUACCGGUUUGACGGGUUUCGGUUCGACGGCGUGACGUCCAUGUUGUACCACAGCCACGGGAUCGCGCACGGCUUCAGCGGGGACCUCGGGGAGUACUUCGGGCUACCGACGGACUCCGAGUCCCUCACAUACCUCACGCUGGCCAACCACAUGCUGCACGAGUUAUACCCAGACUGCAUCACUAUAGCUGAGGAAGUGUCGGGAAUGCCAGCCCUGUGUAGACCUGUGUCAGAGGGAGGAAACGGCUUCGAUUAUCGCUUAGGAAUGGCAAUCCCAGAUAAAUGGAUAAAGGUUUUGAAAGAGUUUAAGGAUGAAGACUGGAACAUGGGCGACAUUGUUCACACCCUGAUCAACCGGAGACACGGAGAGAAGACCAUUGCUUACGCUGAGAGCCACGACCAGGCGCUGGUGGGAGACAAGACCCUGGCUUUCUGGCUCAUGGACGCUGAGAUGUACACCAACAUGUCCUGUCUGUCAGAGAUGACAGUUACAGUAGACAGGGGACUGGCUCUGCAUAAGAUGAUCCGUCUCAUCACACAUGGACUGGGAGGAGAGGGCUGGCUCAACUUCAUUGGAAACGAGUUUGGCCACCCGGAGUGGCUGGACUUCCCCCGAGUGGGGAACAACAGCAGCUUUCACUAUGCCCGCCGACAGUGGAACCUGGUGGAUGAUGAUCUACUUCGCUACAAAUUCCUCAACAACUUUGACCGAGACAUGAACCUGACAGAGAACCACUACGGCUGGCUGGCUACUGAACAGGCUUAUGUGAGCAGUAAGCAUGAAGGUGACAAGGUGAUAGUGUUCGAGAGAGGAGGGUGUGUUUUCGUCUUCAACUUCCACACAAAUCAGAGCUUCACUGACUACAGAAUCGGAUGUGACAUUCCCGGAAAGUACAAGAUAGUUCUGGACACAGAUGACCCAGCGUAUGCUGGACACAGCCGACUGGACCACAACACGGAGUUCUUCACUGAACCCAUCGAACAUGACAACAGGGCCAAUUCACUAAAGGUCUAUAUGCCAGCACGUGUGGGCUUCAUUCUCGCAAAACAAGGUGACACAGAGGAAUCCUAGGGACCAGACCAGCACCCAUCCAAGCACAGUCAAUAUAGUUUUGCCAUUGUCACGUUUCUCUAUGGAAGUUAAUUAUUUUUCCUCAUUUUGUCACCUAAUUGUCCUUUGCACAACAUCUGUAUCUGUAUAGCCGGUAUAACCGCCUUUUGGCGUAACACACCAGCUUCUGUAUCUGUAUAGCCGGUAUAACCGCCUUUCGGCG